UUGUCGUCGCCGCCGCCGUGCAACGGCGUCCUCAUCACUCGAGAUCGCCAUCAGUUGGGGAUGGCAAGGAGGUCCAGGAAGAAGAAGCAGCCCGCCGUGAGCCUCACCGACGACCUCCUCGUGGAGAUCCUGGCGCGGGUGCCCUACAGGUCCCUCUGCCGCUUCAAGUGCGUGUCGCAGUCAUGGCACGCUCUCUGCUCCGACCCCGACCUCCGCAAGAUGUCACCGCAGACCCUAUCAGGAUUCUUCUGCCACGCUCGCAUGGAGCGCGACGGCCGCGACAGCCGCGUCCGGUUCGUCAAUCUGUCGGGGAAAGGCAGGCCUCUCGUCGACCCCGAUCUCCUGUUCCUGCAUGACUUCCUCGCAAUUGGUCUCCAACUCGUGGACUGCUGCAGCAGCCUUCUCCUCUGCAAAUGCUUCAAGAAUUAUGUCGACGCAGAUUGGGUAGUUUGCAAUCCUGCAACUGAGAAGUGGACUGUGAUGCCUGCUACGGAAGCGCUGCAUUGUUCCAACAGUUUCACCAUACGGUUGGGCUUCGACCCGGCCAUCCCCACCCGGUUUGAGGCAUUUGUGCUCAAGCAGGAUUCCUUAUUUAAUGGUCGAAUCACUGGAGUGGAGAUCUACUCAUCGGAAACUGGACAAUGGAUUUCCAUGAAGAGCGAGUGGGGCAGUGAAACUUGUGUGGAUGACAACGAUUCACAAUUUGUCUUCUUCAAUGACACUCUGCAUUUCACUACUUUUCAUUCUGCCCGUGAUGAUUUCUGUAUGGAAGACUCUAGAUGUGAAUGUGAUUACUCACUAGUCACAGUGGACACUGAGGGGAAGACAUGGAGAAAAUUUCCAUUGCCAUACCGUGACACUAGUUUUUGUUCCAUUGGCCAGUCUCAGGGACGCUUGUAUGCUAUGCAUAUAGAUCAUGGUAAAAAUCAGUGCAUACUCUCGGUUUGGCUUCUUGAGGAUUAUGCUACUGGACAGUGGAUCCUAAUGCAUACUGCUAACGUUCCACAACUGUUUGGGAGGCAUUGUCGCGACAGGGGUGAGUUCUGUUCAUUGAUCGCAAUCCAUCCAGAAUGCAAUGUGAUUUUCCUUAUCGACGGCGUGACGAGGAUGCUUGUGUCGUACAAUAUGGACAACCGGAAAGUUCAUGCCAUCUGCAGCAUUGGAGAAUACUGCCCUCUCCCAUUUCGACCUUAUAUUCCUUGCUUUGCCGAAUGGCUGUCAGAUGGUAAGUAGAUUUUUCGGAAGCUUCAUCAUUGCUAAGUUGGCGUGGCCAGGCUCCUGCGCAGAAAUCAGAUUUUGAAUAUUUGGUGGAUCUUCUAUUUUCGGAGCAGCGAUUUGGGCAAUCCCUGUGUCUAAUUCAGUUUAGUUCUCUUGUCUGUUAGUUUUCAGGUGUAUUCUCUUUGUGGCUUUGAACAAUGUUGAUCGUUGUCCAUGGAGAAUGUGCAUGG